GGGGAGCUUGAAGUAGUCCACACAAGUUCCAUCUGUAGACAGCCUAGGGCUUGUGCAUGGUUUCAUCUCCUCCAGCAGAAUAAUCCUGUUUUCAGGGCACACUUGGCAAUUAAGAUGCAGUCUGUCCUACUUAAGGCAUUAGGAAACAUUUAGUAUGAUUUAGGAAUUGCAUUAGGACAACAGAUGCUAUUUUGAAGAAAGAGUUCACAAGUGGCAGGGUUUAUGGAAUGAACGCUUGCAGUUGUGCACCUGAAAAAGGUUUGAAUUAAGAGAAGAAAACUGCAAGUCAGAAUGCAGUGAUGACUUCCAAUUACUUCUGACUUGCUGAGUUGGCCUUUAUCAGCUGUAAGAAGAAUGCAUGCUGAAGGUAACACCCUGUAUCUUCAGAUCAGACACGCAUCUUGCAGGCAAUUAUCAACAUUGUAUUUUUUACUGGCUUUGAGAGAGAUGGCUGAGAAACUUUAAAUCUGAAUUUCAGCUGCGCUUUGGGUGGUAGUUGCACCACUUGGGUGAACUGAGGAUAUCUGAUCUUUGACUUUGAGUAAGCCAUUAAGAGAACUUGAAUUCUCUUCCUGUGUUCGAUUGCUGGAGCACGCACGCAGAUCUGUUGAUUUGAGACCUAACUGCCACGUGCCUUGCUUUUUGUACUCCACAAAAUGGAAAUAAGAGGAUUUGCUGUACAGGGGUGGACAGAAACAUGCUGAAAUGAAUGUGAGGCAUCACGUGUGUGAGUUGACUGAGAAGCUGCUUGGCUAAAUACUGUGCCAUGCACGCUGCCCACAGCCUGUCCCUGUCCCACUGCGCUGAGCUGGGAGGAGCAACCCAUGCGAUCCUGUGGUGACUGAGCAGCUUAGGAAUGGAGAUCUUUAAUGAGCAAAACGGUUUUUGUAUUGGGCUAAAUCCAUUCCCCAGUGUGGUUUGCUCCUCAGCCACCUGAUAUGAUAGCUUACCUGCCAUAAGGCAGGGACAAAGCGAAGUGGGAACAAGCAGCAGGGGGUGAGUUGGUGAGUUCCUUUAAUUAGCAUUAGAUACCAGUAAGUUGAAAAGGAAUCUGCAUCCUAGGCAACGGCACGUGACCACAACUCACCCAGCAGCUCCUUAGGUGGAAAGGCAAUGGGACGAGAGGGAGCAUCCUCAAGUUGCUCCAGGGGAGGUUUGGAUUGGAUAUUAGGAGAAACUUCUCAGGCAGAGUGGUCAGGACUGGCGCAGGAUGCCCAGGGAGGUGGUAGAGUCACCAUCCCUGGAGGUGUUCAAGAAACACGUAGGUGUGAUAGUAGGGGAUGUGAUUUAGUGGGGAAAUACUGAUGAUAGGAGAUCUUAGGUAUCUUUUCCAACCUUAUGAUGCACUGAUUCUAAGUGAUGUGGCUACGCUGUACUGUACAGGGGUGCCACUUGUGCCUGUGCAGUGCUGGAUUGUGCCUGGACUGGGAGAGCUCUGGGUGCAGCAACCUGUAAGGUGCUGCUCAUUGAAGUGUGUGUCUUAUCAAUGCUGUUGCUGCUGAGGUGCUUACCGUGGGCAGUGAGAGACCAAGCACAGCAGGCGUUGGAUCUAUUUUUCCUAUUGAGUUUGUGCUGUUGAAGCUGCCAACAACUUGUUCUCAGUCAGUCUUUGCAUUAUUCAUUAAUGCUGAGAUUGCAUGAGGGGAAAGAAACCAGGAUCAGUUUGCGAAGCUGCACAUUAUGGAAGAGAAAUUUAUGAUGUUGAAGAGAGCAGCAGUAAACGUAACUUUGCAGUUAGCCCCAGAAACAGGCCUGCCACUGUGAAACACUGCUUUCUUGCAGUGUUAUCUCACUGAAGAUGCCUAUUAUGCAGAAGAGCCGGAGCACUUUGCCCUUUCUGUCUCUUGUGAACUUCGACCAGUUGGUCAGGGUUGUUUAUAAAGCCAGACGCUAAUUGUGCUGCUUCUCAUUCCACGGAACAAAGGUAUGCUGGCUCGCUGUAGUGAGCGUCCCUAGGAGGAGAGGCACGAAGUGAAAUGGUCGACGAGGAGGCGAAGAGCUUACCGAUGGAGCUGAGUGAGAAAGGAGGUGUGGAGAACAACGGGUUUGUUCAAAAUGAGGCUUUUGAUGACAGGGAGACCAACACCAGCAGCCAAGAUGAAAUACCAAAAACGUGUGCUGUUGACGUGAGCCCAGCAGCUGUGGCAGAGCCAGCCCUGCAGCCCUAUGCGGGGAUGCCAAAGGAGGUCCUGCUGAAGUUCUCCAGCCAAGCCCGGUACAGGGUCACCAGGGAGAUUCUCUUCUGGCUCAUCAUCGCUGCUGCCGUCCUGCUCGUGUCUGCCACGAUUGCCAUCAUUGCUCUGUCCCCAAAGUGCCUCCAUUGGUGGCAAGAUGGUCCUAUCUACCAGGUCUACCCCCGUUCUUAUAAGGACAGCAACAUGGAUGGGAACGGUGAUCUGAAAGGUAUCCAAGAAAAGCUGGACCAUAUCACGCAUUUAAAUAUAAAAACCAUCUGGAUCACAUCUUUCUACAAGUCCCCCUUAAAAGAGUCUGGCUAUGGAGCUGAAGACUUCUACGAUAUUGAUCCCAUGUUUGGAUCAAUGAGUGAUUUUGAGGAUCUUCUUGCAUCCAUACACGAUCGAGGAUUAAAGGUAAUAAUGGAUUUGAUACCAAACCACACCAGUGACAAGCACCAUUGGUUCCAGCUCAGUCGCAAUCGCACGGGGAAGUACACAGAUUACUACAUCUGGCAGGACUGCAUGCAGGCAGGGGCGGCCAUCACUGCUCCCAACAACUGGGUGAGUGUCUAUGGGAAUUCCAGCUGGCAGUAUGAUGAUGUGAGGAAGCAGUGUUAUUUUCAUCAGUUUGGGAAAGAGCAGCCGGACUUAAAUUUCCGCAACCUUGCCGUCCAACAAGAAAUCCACGAUGUUAUCAAAUUUUGGCUUGGCAAAGGAGUCGAUGGAUUUAGUUUUGUCGCUGUUAAGUUUCUUCUAGAAGCCACACAUCUACGAGAUGAGCCACAAGUGAACAAAUCUCAGAAUCCUGAGAGCAUCACAGCCUAUUCCGAGCUCUACCAUGACUACACAACCACGCAAGUUGGUAUGCAUGACAUCAUCCGUAGCUUCCGCGAAACCAUGGAUCAAUACAGCACUGAACCUGGCCGAUACAGAUUUAUGGGUUCUGACAGUGAUGAAAACGAAGACAUAGAAGGAACAAUGGUGUAUUAUGGAACAACUUUUGUCCAAGAAGCAGACUUCCCAUUCAAUUUCUAUCUAAUUAACAUGAAAAAUCUAUCUGGCAGCAGUGUUUCUGAAGCUGUCAACAUGUGGAUGAAAAACAUGCCUGAAGGAAAAUGGCCAAACUGGGUGGUCGGAAGCCCGAACACUGAUCGGAUUUCAUCUCGGUUUGGGAAUGAGUAUGUCAAAGUUAUAAACAUGCUGCUGUUAACCCUCCCUGGUACUCCUAUAACUUACUAUGGUGAAGAAAUAGGCAUGGAGAACGUUGCAUCAGCAAAUGUGACCUUUCCAGCUCAAUCCCCUAUGCAGUGGAACAGCAACGAUAACGCUGGUUUUACUGAAGGCAACAGUAGCUGGAUACCUGUUAACUCUGACUACCAAAGUGUCAAUGCUGAAGUUCAGAUGGCCCAGUCCAACUCAACCCUGAAUUUGUACAGAGAACUAACUCUACUUCACAACAACGAGCUACCCAUACAUCGGGGGUGGAUGUGCUCCAUCUGGAACGACAGUGAUGUUUUUGUGUACGUGAGGGAAUUGGAUGGGUUAGACAGUGUCUUUAUGAUGGUUCUCAAUUUUGGACAGGAAUCGACAAUAGAUCUGAAAGCUAUGGUUCCAAGCCUCCCAUCUCAAGCUGUGAUAAGACUAAGUACUAAUUUUAGCAAUACUGGUAACACUGUUGAUACCAGAAUAAUUAAAACUGAGGCAGGAGAAGGUCUGGUCCUUGAAUAUAAAACAGGAAAGCCUGUUCAUAAUAUGGAAGCUUUUCAAGAAAACUGUUUUGUGUCUGAAAAAGCUUGUUAUUCCAGUGCCUUCAAUUUACUCUACAUGAACUGCUAAAUGCAAGAGUAGCUUUCAUGUUAACUUAGAAAAUGCUUGGUUCAGAGAAAUGCUAAUUCUUUUUGGCUUUUCAGGCUUGCUUUCUGUACACAAUAAACAGCUUGAAAAAUAAAAUUAAUACCAAAUUGUCUUGUAUCUGUACUGGGUAAUAAACAAUUUUGUCAUUUAAA